GCUAAAACAUUAUUCAUCCAGUAGUGUAACACGUGAAACAUUCAACAAUUUUUGCGAAAUAUCACACGUCUCGCACUCCGAUGCUUCAAUCAACAGUCAUCUCGGUCUCAUGGUCACCAUAUACGAGUCGCGUCGUGGUACACGCGAAAAGCCCAGAAACCGCUCCACUGUUUGCUCACAGUUUCUGGCUCGCCACGCCACGCCACGCCGCGCCGCGACGCGACGCGACUCCAUCCCCGCGCCGCCCGCCGCCUCUCCGCAUCCACCACCACCACCACCCUUCCGCUCCCCGAUUCCCAAUCCUCCCAAACCCCCCCGAAUUUUUUCGAAUCGCCCGCCUCCCCCUCCCACCUCCCCGCCGCGCCGUGCCGCGCCGCCGAUGUCCUCCUCCAGGCGGCCGCCCGCGCGCGCCGCCGCCACGGAGGCGGCAGCCGACGCCGCGCUCCCCCUCCACCCGUCCUCGCCCCGCUCCAAGAAGCGCUCCUCCUCCUCCCGCCGCGCCGCCGCCGGCGACCGCCGCCCCGCAGCGCGGGCGCCGAACCCUAGCCUCAGCCCGCGCGGCGGCGGCGGCGCGCCGUCGCGCAAGAGCGAGCGGAGGCGCAGGCCGCGGUCCCUCGCGAUGGCCGUCCACGGGCACGCCUCCACGUCGGGCGGCCCUGGCCUUGUCUGGAACGACGCCGACGAGGUGGCGCUGCUCACGGCCGCGGUCGCCUUCCGCGCGCGCAACGGGUUCGCGCCCCGCCUCCCGGACAUGGGCGCGCUGUUCGAGUCCCUCAGGGGCUCCAUCUCCUCCCACAUCGACCAGGCCAAGGUGUACUACAAGCUGAAGCGGAACAAGAGCAAGUUCCUGCACGCCCCACCGCAGGCCACCACCACCACCCCGCACGAUCGCCGGGUGCGCGCGCUCUCCGCGGAGCUCUGGGGCAGCGAGCUCGCGCCGCCCGCUGUAGAGGGCGACGCGGAUGCAGCCGAGGCGGCCGACGAGAGGGACGCCGAAGAGGGAUACAUCGGUGGCAAUCUGCAUGUUUCGGUGAGGCUUCCGGUGGUGUCGGAGGUGCUUGGUGAUUACUGGAGGAAGAAUGGGCGUGUGCUGUCAGGUGUCUCGCUUGAGAGGGGGUUGGCUCUGGUUGGGCCGGAGGAGGGUAGGAUGGCUGAGGCAAAGUGGAAGCGGCAGCUUGAAGUGGAGACGCAGACGCAGGGGCGCCGGCACGAUUUGGCGAAGGAGGUCUGCGCCAUGCUUAUCGAUGCUGUCAGGGGCCUGGGGCCUUAAGUGGGGGUACAACUUCCACCUCCUAUGUGCUCUGUGAAAGUGCAUUUUGGUGGAGUACAUAGCUGGAUACAUAGGUGCGAUGUCCAUUUUGUAGGCUGAUCAACCCAUCCUAUACUUGGUUGCUGACUGACAAGGCCCUAACACGGUGUGCUGUGCUGCACAGAUUGCACGACGACUCUGUCGUGCCAAAUUUAUGCCUAAUUCGGUGGAAUUAGCUGAUGAUCAUGUAAGAAACUUAGGUCUGGUGACACUUAUUUUGUUUAUCUGCCAGCUUUAGUUUUAAGAGAUGCAAAGGAAGCUUUGCCUCGUGCUUACGGCAGACCUUAUGUAAAUCAUUUGCUAACUACUGUCACGAUGCUAAAUGUAUUUUGAACUGUGGGAAUCCAAAAUAUGUUAGUGUC